CUCUAAGCGAGAGAGAGAGAGAGAGAGAGAGAGAGAGAGAGAGGUGAUCAUCAAUGUCAAUGUCAGAAGAGGAAAAGCCGAUCGUAAUUGUCGGGGGAGGAAUCUGCGGUCUCGCCACUGCCCUUGCUCUUCACAGGAAGGGGAUUAGGAGUAAAGUGUUAGAAAAGGCGGAGACUCUGAGGACAGAAGGAGGAGGAAUUGGCAUCCAGCCAAAUGCAUGGCGUGCCUUGGAUCAGCUUGGAGUUGGCCAUCACCUCAGGCUCAAAGCUAUCCCCCUACUUAUGGCUCGAGAGAUUAUCCUCUCCAACGGUACACAGCGAGAGGAAUCAUUCAUGAAUACAGAAUUUCGAUGCCUCAAAAGGAGUGAUCUUAUUGAAACCAUGGCUGAAAAUUUACCAUCUGGAACGAUACGUUUCGGAUGCCAAAUAGUUAAAAUGGAAUCUGAUCCUAUUAAUUCUUCCCAUACCAUUCUUCAUCUGCAAGAUGGGACUGUCAUCAAGGCUAAGGUUGUAAUAGGUUGUGAUGGUGUAAAUUCAGUGGUGGGAGCUUGGUUAGAGUUGAAACCUACGAAGCGGUUUAAUCUAUGUGGGGUGGUAGGUUUCACAAAUUACCCAAAUGGGCAUGGCUUCGGCAAUGAAUUCCUUCGAAUAAGGGGAGACCAUAUGCUGUUGGGAAGAUUACCAAUCGAUGACAAGUUGAUUUAUUGGUUUGUGGCUCGACCACGGACUCCUCAAGAUACAAUGGUUUCGAAAGAACCGAAGCUCCUUAGAGAUUCAACUAUGGAAUUAAUCAAGGAUUAUCCAGCAGAAAUUCCAGAAGUAAUAAAGAAUUGUGACCUUGACUCACUAUUACUGGUUAGCUUGAGGUAUCGAGCACCAUGGGACAUACUACUAGAGAGCUUUAGGAAAGGAACCGUCACAGUGGCUGGAGAUGCAAUGCAUGUCAUGGGACCAUUCGUCGGACAAGGUGGUGCUGCAGCACUAGAGGAUGCAGUUGUGCUUGGGAGAUGCUUUGCACAAGAGAUGGUCGUGAACCCAAUGGAAAGUAACAAGAGCAGUUGGGAUUGGAAGAAACAAGAAGAAGAAGAAAAGGCAAUGUUGAAGAGAAUUGAGAAAGCAAUUGAUCGAUACGUUAAAGAGCGAAAGAUGAGGAUUCUGAGGUUGGCUCCACAGACCUAUCUCAUUGGUACACUAUUGCAAACCACAUCACCGGUCACUAAAUUUUUUAGUUUCAUUCUUGUUUUAAUCUUCUUCGCCAUUUUUCCAAACCACUCCCUUUAUGAUUGUGGCCAGCUUUAAGAUCAUCAAUAGCUAACUUAG